AUGGAGCCCAUCAACAUCUGCGCGAAGAUAGAAGAAUACAACGAUGACCAACUGCAAGCGUUUAUAGAAGAGCAAGGAGUUGAAAAGUAUAAGCAGCCGUGCAAGCGUCUUCAGGAAAGUGUUGAAGAAUUUCUUCGGAGUCAAUUCAGACCUAAAGUCAACCCGAGUCCUCCUGGUGCUACUGGAGCUGGAAAUAGCACCUCUCAGGCCGGUGGGAAGAAGCCACCGAAGAUGAAGCGAGGAGAGCCCCCGGGCAGCGGAGGAGGUGGAUCACCACCAGAAGAAAAGGAAGGUGGCAAGCUUAAAUCCAAGCUCGGAGGCAGUGGGAUGGGUGGAUAUGGGAAUGUUCAGGGACCAUUGGUGGAUUUGGAGGAUUCAUGA